GUUUGGGCGUGCUUUAGCCUUUUAUUUAUUAAUGUAUUUUUCUCUGUAUUUAUUAGUCUUUUGUCCAUACUCCAUCCUUAGCACACAAUAUUUGGUUUAUUUACUCUUUCUAUUCAGCUCCAAGUGCACUGUUUGUGUUUCCUCAGUCCUAAGACCAAUGAUUAUUUUGUCUCGCUGAGAACAAUGCGCAUGUUUAUUCACAUUGAAAAGUUUUCUUUCCAGUCUCUUGAGUGGCACAAAGACAGCAAGAAUAGCUAAAUUAACUGUUUUGCUGCAGUUCCUCGAAGGUUUUGCUGUCUGAAGUCGAUGGGAAGUCGAGCAAAGCCUCUGUGGGAAGUACACCAUUACAGUACAGGAUGUGGAGUCAGUCACGACCCCCUCAGUAGCGUCUCACUCCAGCUGCGUGGAAAGUCGCCUUAUUUCCAGGAUGGAAAUUCCAACUGUGGUUUUAUUGCUAAUAAUCCAGAGCUGUAUGAGCAGCGGACAGGGGGACAACGAGGUCCUCGAACCUACGGAUACACAAGCCAGAAUCAGAUUGAGAGCACCAGACUCCUGGACAUCAACAUUUCUACCACAGACCUGACCUCCAGCCCAACUACCAGCCUGGUUAAUGAUCAAGUACCUGCGAAGGGUCUCAACUUCUCCUGUGCUGUGGGAUACAAACAGAAAGGGUCUGCAGAGUGUCAGGAUAUAAAUGAGUGUGAACAGGGUGAUGAAGGACCAUGUGGCUACCACAGCAAUUGUACUAACACCCCAGGCUCCUUUGUGUGCAGCUGUUUUCGUGGUUAUCUGAUGAGUUCCACUGGUUGUCAAGAUAUAGACGAGUGUGCUUUAGCUGCAGUAACUAGUCUACAGGCAUGUGGGCGAAGAGCUGUGUGUAAGAACAGCCCUGGAUCCUUCCAUUGUCAUUGUCCUGCUGGAUUUGUCCUUGGACUUGAUGGACACAACUGUGUUGAUGUUGAUGAAUGUACUUUUGAAGAGAGCUGCAGAAGGGAGCUAGGGAAUGUCUGCGUGAACACAGAGGGAAGUUACAAAUGUGUAUGUCAGCCUGGAUUCAAAGAAGACCAGGCAGCCUGCAUAGAUGUAGAUGAGUGUGUUGAGCAGGAAGGUGUGUGUACUAAUCAAGGGGAAUGUGAGAACACGUUUGGGAGCUAUAAGUGUGUGUGUUCCAGCGGAUACCGCGGCAACGGGACCCACUGCACAGACGUGAAUGAGUGUGUCUCAGGGCUUCAUAACUGCAAUGUGAACGCUCGCUGUGGAAAUGUCAUGGGCUCAUACUUCUGCCAGUGCCAUCAGGGCUACUUCGGAGAUGGUCACUUCUGCUACGAUGUAGACGAGUGUGCUAUAAGCGACGGCCUCUGUGAGCAUAACUGUGCCAACUUACCAGGAGGGUACAGCUGCCUAUGCAAAGUAGGAUACACACUAGCAGAUGAUCUACACAACUGCACAGACGUAGAUGAGUGUAGGAGCGGCAAUGUGACGUGUGAGCAACUUUGCACCAACACACCAGGCUCCUUCCUCUGCUCCUGUCAUGUGGGAUAUGAGUUGCACAUAGACAGACAAAGCUGUGUCGACAUCGACGAAUGCAAGCUGCAGAAUGGGGGUUGUUCGCAUAUCUGCACCAACACUCCAGGAGGACAUGUGUGCCACUGCCCUGUUCCACUUCUGCUGGACCACCACAGCUCCACUUGCAUCAAUAUCACUUCAUGUGCCUUGAGGAACGGCGGCUGUGAUCAGUUAUGCUCUCUGGGAGCCGAGGAACGUGUUAAGUGUAGCUGCAGAGAGGGUUGGGAGCUAGAUACUGACCAAAGAACAUGUCUCGACACUAAUGAGUGUGUGCUCUUUAAUGGAGGUUGUGAACAAGUGUGUAUGAAUCAUGCAGGUGGUUUUAACUGUACCUGCAAACCUGGGUUCGAACCUCGUACAGAUGAUCCCACGAAAUGCCAACCUGUGUGUGAACCUUCAUGCCAGAAUUACGGUGUGUGUGUCGCACCUAACACCUGUGACUGCCCUGCUGGGUACCCAGGCCCUGGUUGCUCAGCCAUGUGCUCUCCACCCUGUGCUCAUGGAGGGACGUGUAUGCGCUGGAACACGUGUCUGUGUCGUCCUGGCUGGACUGGAGAGGGUUGCCAUACAGCUGUGUGUGAGCUGCCGUGUGGAAACGGUGGUCGGUGUGUAGCUCCUAACGUCUGCUAUUGUCCGUCUGAUUAUUCUGGCCCUCAGUGUCUCACUCCGCUUUGUACUCCUCCUUGUCUGAACGGUGGGAGGUGUGUGGAUAUCAACACCUGUAGCUGUGCAGGAGCUUGGCAGGGAGCUCGCUGUCAGAUAGAACCAGUGCUAUGUGUGAAGCCGUGUAACAACAAUGGAGAGUGUGUGGGACUCAACAGGUGUCGAUGCUCCUCUGGCUUCACAGGGGAUCUCUGUGAAACAGCCGUGACGUUGCCCUGUGUGCCGCCCUGCCAGCAUGGAGGCACAUGCAGCCCUCAUAAUACAUGCAACUGCCCAGCAGGGACUAGCGGCCUGCGUUGUGAGAAGUUGACUUGUCCAGUGGUGACCACAGUGGUCAGCAUGGCUCGAGCAGUACGAAAAGGAUUUAAAGAAAGUUACGUAGAUCGCUGUGGACCUCUGGGGGUCCUGCUCUGCACCAAGUACAGGAUAAAUCAAGCACGCGUGUAUCUGCAGGCAUACAGAGUAGGAUACAAGAUCCAGUGUCCGAGUAAAACAGGAAUAUGAUCCAUACAAUCCUAUACAAAUUAUACAAAACCCCACCAGUUUACAGGCAAAUACACAUAUCUGAUGUGCUGUAUUACAUUCCUACACUUUUAAUACGUCUCAAAACAUAUCAUCGGUACAUAUUUGGACUAAGGAUUAUUUGGAUGAUUUUUUUAAACAGUAAUUUGAUGUGUUUGUGUAUAAAGAUGUAGACAGACUAAGUUAUAAGGAGUCUGAUUGAUUUUGGAUUCUGAAAUUUUGGUCUCAAAGUUAUAAGCCAGGGCUCAUCAGUUAGACUUGACAAGAGGGCAAAUUUUUUUCAAAAAGCAAAUCCUUUUUGUGCCUAAAAUGUAUACCAACAUUCAUUGGGAGAAUUUUUUUGCGCUCUGCCUUUGGUAUAAUAUAAUUGUCAUGUGCACCCUACAUAGUGCACUUCAUAUAGUGCAUGCUGUUUGAUAAUGAGAUGAAUGUCUAUACAUUUUUUCCCAGACUAACAGCACUCAUCUUGAGCACAUACACAAACUCCAGCAUGAGAGUUUAUCUGCUAUGUGCUGUAUUUCACUCCUUCUACCUGCUAGGGCUGGUGUCUAACAUGGAUAUCACCAGAUAUCUUCAUGACACAUCACUUAUUUUCAUCUCUAUUAGCUUGUGAUUUUGGUCUCUCAGCAUUUCUCAGCAUACUGAUUCAUAAACCGCUUGUCUGCCACUCAUGGAACUUGAGCUUUUGGCUGCCUGGAAUCCUGUAAGCUCAGAGCCACACUAGUGAACUGGACUGGACUGGACUGGACUGGAUUGGAUUGGACUAUUGGCUCUGACGGAGCUGGAGUAUGUGUAUCCCGUGAUUCUCUCUUGCUCUGCCAUAUAUCACGGCUCACAGCUCACCUACUGCGCACUACUCACAAACCCACAGCUAACAAUUCCAGUGACUGAGCUUUAUUCAGCUCAAACUUCUGGAGUCUGAGGACAGCCACAUUCUGUGCACCUAAUGCUAAGAGACUCUUGUGCCCAGUGCAAACCCCAGUGUCAACACAGACUCAGGCCCCAGUCCUCAGUUUUUUCUGGACCCAACUUAAUCAGGCCAACGUUUGGGCCUCGUAGCAGUUGUGAGCCCAAAAAGCUCAAAAGGUUCUCUCUUUGAAUGGCAUCAGACUUGAUCAUUUUAGGGCUAAAGUCAUCUGUUUUGGCUCACAGCCUUCAUUGAAGCUCUCCUGGUAGCUCAGGGUCCAAGCCCUCUGUAACGUCAUCCAAGAGACUCUUCUAUAUGGGAGAUGAACCGGCAGCUGAGAUGCAUCACUCGACUCAAAACAGUUGAUUGAAGCCUUGCUUUUAACAGACUGGAAGAAAUGGAAAACUCUCAGCAGGUCUGGUUUAGAUGUAGCACUAGGUUUGGCUGGCACAGUCCUCACUGACAGAAGCAUGCAAAACAAACUUUGUCCAGGAUUCCUGGCAUAUUCUUUGGGUCUGCUGCCAAAGAAGCCCUAGUUAGGAGAAUUCAAGCUUUGGAUUGAUAUCAAAAGGCAACAAAACUAAGUAGAUCAGCCACAUAGGACCAAUAGGCUGCCAAGGGUUGGAUCAAUGUUCCUUGCCUUGUUUGAACCACAGCAUAUAAAAUCUUCAAGGUCCAAGGUUUCCAGAGUCUGUUGUGGGCCGAACCUUUGAAAGAAUUCCAUGGAGCCUAUCAAUGAAUGGCAGGAUCUGCAGGUGAGAUGAUUCACAUGUGAAAACAUCACCCACUGGAUUGUACCAGAGGUUCGUCUUGGACAAAGGUACGAUUAAAAAGUAGAGCCCACCUUUCAGAAGGGAUUCAGAAGGACAAAGGUGUCCCGGGGAGUGAUGCUUGUGUCCAGAUAUGGUGCAGAAGAUAUGGAAACAAUUCCGCCACGCUCAGGUGAACCUCUUUGCCAGCACAGAUUUGACUUAUUGUCUCUUCCGUGUAAUAAAACAGGACUUAAGGACAUUGUAAAUUGUGUUUCCUUCCUUCUAAGGAACUGGGAUCCUUCGCCGAUUCUAUUCAUGCUACAAAAAGUUCAGAAAUUGAACCAGAGGUGUUAGACACUGCCCCAGCAUUUAGUAGGGAUAAAAUCUGGUUAGCUGGUGUUCAUAAAAAUAUAUAUUCUUUAUAUGUUCUUUGAAAAGUUUCAUUUUUUAUUAUUAUUCUGUGUUUAAGACCUGAUCAUAUUGAAUUUUCAUAGGCUGUUUUUGGGUGAAGUAUGCCUUUUGGUUUGUUUUCUUAAAAAAAAUAAUAAAAAAAUCCAGAUAGAAAAAAAGCUUUAUUACUUUGUGCUUUUUAUUAUAUUUUUAUGCAGUAUUACUGAUCAUUCAGAAUAGAAAUUUCAGCCAGAACAUUCAAGAAAAAUGUGGUACAUUAUCAUGCUUUUAUUUGCCAGUGUUCACACAGUACAAUUACUUUCAAUUGUUAACGUUAAAAGCAAACCUUUCUGUUACCCUGUGAUAUUAAAAAGUUAUUAUUUUUGGAAUGUAGUAUGUUGAUUUAGGUCAUUUUUACCCUACAAGGAUUCUUAAAUAAAAAAAAACAA